AUGGCGAACCCACUUUCCAACAUGAUGUCUUCCCUCUCUCUCGCGCCGCCGAGCUCUCCGCCGCGCGCCGGCGCUUCCUCAGCCUCCGCAUCCACAUCAGCAUCCGUGUCAACAAACAAACCCCCUCGCCUCGGCGGGGUGAUGACCAAGUACAUGAACCCUGACUUUGUACGGCCAACAAACAAGGGUCUGUUCACUCGUCCACCUGGUACAUCUGCCACUACGGACGCAGCUGCUGCGGCACGAGCACCCCUCUUCAAGCUCGCUGGCGUCAACACUACCAUUCCCCCUCAUCCACCCAUCCCGGCUGGUGUGGCCAAGCAGCACCAGCAGCCAUCGGGAAGUACGCCUAAAAAGCACGGAAUCACUCAACAUACCGCACAUGGUUUGCAUGGGCCGGCGCACUCGACGGCGGGUCGGUCGAUGGCGCCGAGUAUACAAGCGCGGGCGGGAUUGGCGUCGAAUGGCGGGAUAGGGAAGUAUGACGGUGGGCUUGAGCGGGACUGGGAGGGCAAGGAGGCGCCAACGGGGGAAGCAGCGAAGAUCUUAGAUCUGGAUGGUAUGAAUCCUGGCGGAAUCCUCAACAUCCGAUAUCUAUCAGACCUGGAAAUUGGGCGUCCGCUCGGAAAAGGCAAAUUCGGACGCGUCUACCUGUGUCGCACGAAAGGCCCUCAUGAGUUCAUCCUCGCGCUCAAGUGUUUGCACAAGCAGGAGAUCGUGCAGGGGAGGGUGGAGAAGCAGGUCAGGCGCGAGAUUGAGAUCCAGCAGAAUCUAAGACAUCCCAACAUCCUUCGACUGUACAAUCACUUUCACGAUUCAAAGCGGAUCUUCCUGAUGCUCGAGUUUGCGCUGAAGGGCGAGCUGUAUAAGCAGUUGUCAAAGACGGGCACGUUCGGAGAGAAGCGGUCCAGUCGGUAUAUCCAGCAGAUGGCUGAUGCAUUGCAUUAUCUGCACGGCAAGAACAUCAUGCAUCGGGAUAUCAAGCCGGAGAACAUCCUCAUCGGCUUGAACGGAGAGCUGAAACUCGCUGAUUUCGGAUGGAGCGUGCACGCACCAGGAGAUCGUCGAAACACCCUCUGCGGGACGCUCGACUACCUACCACCAGAGAUGGUUGAGGGUCGGGUGCAUACCAAAUAUGUGGACCUCUGGGCGCUAGGGGUGUUGGCGUAUGAGUUCUUGGUGGGGACGCCACCGUUCGAAGACCGAGCGGGCACGCACGCGACAUAUCGCCGGAUAUCCGCUAUCGACCUCAAGAUCCCGAACACGGUCUCUCCUGAAGCUGCCGAUCUGAUCAAGCGACUCCUGCGAUACAAGCCAGAAGACCGACUGCCCCUCACCGAAGUCCUCAAACACCCCUGGAUCAAGAAGUAUGAGAAGCGGAAGACGGUCAGCGGAGGUCAGGCGACAGCGGCGCACCGGGAGUCAUAG